AUGAACUAUGCUAACUGGCAGUCAAAGAAUGAAGAUAUUCAUCAACAACAUCAACAACAACAGCAGCAACAUCAUGUGCUGAGCAACUUGGCCUUUAGAUCGCAGGACUCAAUUUCGAUGAGUGAUAAGUCUCCGAUCAUGGACUCGUCUUCCAGUAUUGAUGCUAGUACAACAGAUCCAGCGUUAUCGCGGACAUCUUCGAAUCUGAAGUACAAUCCAAAGCACAUUUCUUCAUUCACCAAACGAGCAGAGCAAAACCGAAAUGCACAAAGGGCAUUCAGACAACGGAGGGAGAAAUAUGUUCAGGAUUUGGAAAAGAAGGUACAAGAAAUGGACGAGUUAAAAGCAAGGAACGAGAACUUGAAUAAUGAAAACGUUCAAUUAAAGGACUAUGUGAUGAUUUUGCAGAGGAAAAUCAUUGAAUUGACCCAGGGCAAGGACUUGGGUCAGCAGCACCAGGACCACACUAUAUCGGAUCCGUUUAAUUCAAAGUAA